ACAGGGUCAAAUAACAUCACUAGAUGAAAUCGAAGAUAACUAAAUUCCAUUAAACGAAGAAUAAAUAUAUGCAUUUUAGGGUGGUUUUGAUAUUCGCUCGCUUAUUUCCGGUGUUAACGUGUGCUUAUUUGUUUGUCAUCAUACAACUCUGAAGUAGUGUGGGCUUUUACUUUGAAGGGAUUCGGCUCAUAUCCUCUACAGCCGCAGCCCUUUCCGGUUAGCUAACGCAGAGCUUUCAACUCAUAUCACAUUUAGCUAAUAAACGAUUCCUCUUUGAUACAUUUAUCCAGUCUAUAGCACUUUCACCGACCAAACAAAAACAUGGCAGAGGCCAUUCAGAAGAAGCUGAAAGUGGAAGUAGAAAAAUAUACACAGAUGCAGAAAGAUGUUAGCAAGAGCGUGUCAGCCAGACAGAAGCUGGAGACGCAGCUCGCAGAGAACAACAUUGUCAAAGAGGAGCUUGAUCUGCUGGACACAAAAAACACAGUGUAUAAGCUUAUUGGCCCAGUAUUAGUGAAGCAAGACCUGGAUGAGGCCAAAGCUACUGUCACAAAAAGACUGGAGUACAUCAACGGAGAAAUUCAAAGGUACGAAACACUCCUGAAAGACCUGGAAAAGAAAUCUGACCAGCAUCGAGAACUCUUGUCUGGUUUACAGCAGGAGUUUCAGAAAGCGCAGGGCAUGGCUGUCGGCAAAGUCUGACCACGUGACCCAGCUGCAUGCUCACACACUGCAAACACACUGCAAACACACACGGAUGGCUUAGUCAUGGUAUAAUGUAAAAGAUUCAACAUAAGGUUGAGUAAAUUCUGCUUGUGUCUUGUCAUUAAUUUGUUAUUACAGUGACUUUCCCUUGUUGCUAAUAAACGUUUUUUUCAUGAAAUGUCAUAACUUAGUUUUAAAUUGAUUGCACAUGUCAACUUUGAGAGUGUUGGCUAUUUUGCUUCCAUAACAUGUCUUCUUUCAGACAAGCAAAAACACACAUUAAGGGGUUCAUUUUACUGCACUUAGUUGAUAUGUUUUAUAUGUCAGUCAUAUUUUGUUUCUCUCAUUCUGAGAUAAAUCUCCAUUUCAGUAUCA